AUUAGGGAUAGAACUUGGAACUCCUAUGAAGCUUUCUAUAAGGACUUACGAGCUGAGCUUGGCGGGCCGUGGCAGAGGAGGAAGACGACGUUUCGACAUCUUCCUGGACUCGGAGCAGCUUACUGUGCCGUGCACCACUCGCUGACGUCCGUGGGAUGCUUUCGACGAUUCACGAGUUGGUGCUUCCUACCAUCGGACGAACCACCAGCUGUCUGGACCUCGGAGAAUUGUCACAAUUUUUUUUCGGCAAAUCACGCUUCUACUCUCCGAUUCCUUGGUGCGGACUCGUCAACGACCCGAGAUCGCCGCACAAACAUGGGCAAAGGUUCACCUCACAACUGUCGUGCUUGUGGUGCAGAGUUCCCCAGUUUUCGCGAGAUGGCUUUGCACUUUCUCACCCAUGCAACAGGAGCGGAACCUAUCAAGUGCACAGUUUGCAGUAAACUGUGUAAGGAUGGACCCGAUUUCGCAACUCAUCUUGAAACUCACUCAGAGAAAAUGAGUCACCAAUGUUCAGUUUGCGAUAAGAAGUUCAAGACUCAAGGUUAUCUGAGAAAUCAUGAGAGGAUUCACACCGAGAGGUCUUUCCAGUGCACGAUAUGCAAAAAGAAAUUUGCCACAGAAUUGUACCUGAGGGAACAUGAAAGGAAUCACACAGCGGAAAAGCGUUUUGAAUGCCCAGAUUGCGGCAAAAAAUUUCUGUUCAAGAAGAAUCUCGAAAUUCAUCACCGAGUUCACACGGCCGUGAAGCCUUAUGAGUCCACUAUUGGCGAUAAAAAAUCUCGACGCCGGAAUGCUCUUUCGAUUCAUUUUCGGACCCAUACCGGCAAGCAGCCUUUCCAGUACCCAAUCUUCAGCCGCAAGUUCACCACCAGAGGCACUCUGAAGGCGCAUGUCGAGGCCCACUCCAUGCAGGAGCCCAUGGACCUGCGGUGCGUGGAUAGGCGGGAUCAUGCAAGAGCGACAGAGACACGCCGGGUCUCCGCUGGCACCGCACCUGGAACUAACGCACAGGGCCCGGCACGGACCCCUUUGUGUUUGCCACCUCCCCCGGCCGUUCCACCAGUGUCACAGCCUGGCUGUGCGGCCAGCCCCAGCCAGGGCCGGACCUCGGUAGACCUGCGCAGACCCGACGCAUUCGCCUCGCAGUGGAGUGCCAGCGUACCGGUGUUGCGGUCCACACGUGUCUUCUCUCCCACGAAGCCGAAGCCUUUGGAGUGUGCCAAUCUCGGUACGGCGUUCCGAGAGGGCCGUGAGCUGCGACCUCCUCUCCCACCUCGAGCAGGACAGGAGCCUUUCCGUCACCCAGACGAGAAAUUCGAUCGACACAGUGCCCUUACACGCUACGCAAGAGCCUGCGUAGGCGAGGAGAAGCCCUGCCAGGACACGGGGCUUAAUCAAAGGCUCCGUCGCAAAGAUGACUCAAGUACACGUCUUGGAACCCACACAGCGGAGAAACCCCUAGACCUUCGGAAGGUCGCCCCGGCGGAACCGACGCCCGGCCCUGCCAAAGUGGGACCAUUCGGCUCUGAAUCUCCACCAAGCGAGGCCAAUCCCACUCGUUGCCGGAACACGGAGAAGCCUUUGGUGUGCGCGGAUUGCAAUCCGAAGAGAAGUACGGAGUCAUCUCUUUCAAACCAUCUGAAAGCCCAUACGAGAAGCAAUAUUCAACCUAACGAAGAAACCCACGCUGGAGAGAAACCGUUCAAGUGCACCAUUUGCAAGAAGUUGAGCAACUCGUCUUAUUCGAGUCACCUUGAAGCAGGCAUGAAACUGAACCCUCGAACUCCUCGUCAAACCAACAGUGGAGGGAAGACUUACGAGUGCACAAUAUGCAAUGAGAACUUUCGGACCAAAAGACUUCUGAGAUUGCACGUUGAAAAUCAUAAUCGUGUGGAGUCAUGGAGAUCAAUCACCCCAACACUAACGCAUCCCUUCGAUAAGUCCUUCAUGUAUCAGUUUAUGGCACAACCCAUGGCGCCAAUGUUCCAGCCCAUCGAUCCAAGGGCACCACUCAUGUCACCCAUGGCAGAGCUUAUUGCAAAAUUUUCGGCGCAGCCUGUGUCACAGCCCAUGGCACAGCCUAUGGCACAGCCUAUGGCACAACCUAUGGCACAGCCUAUGGCACAACCUAUGGCACAACCUAUGGCACAGCCUAUGGAACAGUCUACAACACAACCUGUGGUACAGCCUAUGGCUCAACCUGUGGAGCAACCUAUGGCGCAGCCUGUGACACAACCUUCGACGCAGCCUGCCAGUUCCGUCGAGUCUCGUGAGAAAGAACCCGACGAAACCGAACGUGUCCAGGGCAAGACGGCGUCAGAUUCAAUGCAGAAACCUUUCAAGUGCACACUUUGCAGUUCCAGUUUCAACUGUGAAGUUAAUCUGGAUCGUCAUCUCCUUACCCAUGAGUCCGAAAACGAACGCAGCAAGGGCAAGACGGCGUUAGAGUCAAUGCAGAAACCUUUCAAGUGCACACUUUGCAGUUCAAGUUUCAACCGUGAAGUUAAUCUGGAUCGUCAUCUCCUUACCCAUGAGUACGAAAACAACGGCAGCAAGGGCGGGACGGCGUCAGAGUCAAUGCAGAAACGGUUCGAGUGCACACCCUGCAGUUCAAGUUUCAAACAUGAAGUCAAUCUUGAACGUCACCUCCGUACCCAUGAGUACGAAAUCAACGGCAGCAAGGGCGGGACGGCGUCAGAGUCAAUGCAGAAACGUUUCAAGUGCACACUUUGCAGUUCAAGUUUCAAACAUGAAGUUAAUCUUGAACGUCACCUCCGUACCCAUGAGAGAAAAGGGCUGGACGGCCGGGUUUUAUUAUUCCACGAUGUAAUAAGACCCUAUCAGUGCAAAGAAUGCAGCAAAUCAUUUAGCUCCAGAGACAGGAUGAGUUAUCACAUUGAUAAAGACCAUGUUCGUCCCAUCAGUUGCGUAGUUUGCAACCAAGUUUUCGGUGAUUCAAGCGCUCUUGCCUCCCACGUUAAAACUCACACAGGGCAAAAAUGGUCAUCAUGGAACUAGCAAUGUACACGCGUCGAUUGGCAGGGGUGCGGCCUGGAAUCUGAGAUGGCAGACGAACGCGAGUUCAGUGCGAUGCGGCCCGACGAACUGUGGGUCCUGAUCUUCUCGCGCGUCGACGAGUCGACUCUUCUGGACGCAGUCCCAGGGAAGUCCCGCUGGUUUGCAGGCGGUGUCGCGACCUGGCGAAGGGACUUGAGAAGCUGGGCCGGCGUCUCCGUCGGGGAGACGGUUCACAACGUCGGGUCGCUGACGCCUGCAGACUUUGCACGUGUCAUCCCCCACGCGUCGGGCCUCCGCUGCCUGGGUCUCCAGUCCACCGAUAGAACCUAUGAUACCGAGGAAAGGUAGGGGUGGCCCGAGGACAGUUUACUGGUGUCGUCGCCGCGCCGUGGUGCGGAAGGAGGAGGUGCGUCUCACCGACUUGGCUCCCCUUCACCAUGCAUGAAGUGUGCUUCCCCUUCAGUUGUGGUGCCGACGGCCCUCGUCAGGGACUUGAUUCGCGCAGCGGCGUCCACACUGGAGGUGCUUAAGAUCGGCAAAACCAUCGAGGACUGCUCCGCGCCCCCCAACCCCGACCUGC